GAAAACCCUCGCCAAUGUUUUCGGUGUCUUUUCCGGUUCUAACGGAACGAGGAGCUUUCUUUCCCCGUGCCGUCAGCGGACCACAACGUGUCGCGACAAAAUGGCACUUUAUAAUUUCAAGAAGAUUAUGGUGGUUCCCACCGCUAAGGAUUUCAUCGACAUCACUUUAUCCAAAACACAAAGAAAGACACCUACGGUGGUACACAAGCAUUACCAGAUCCACCGCAUCCGACAUUUUUACAUGCGAAAGGUGAAGUUCACCCAGCAGAACUACCAUGACCGCCUCACACAGAUCCUCACUGACUUCCCCAAGCUUGAUGACAUCCAUCCAUUCUAUGCUGAUCUGAUGAACGUGUUGUAUGACAAAGACCAUUAUAAGUUGGCUUUGGGACAGAUAAACAUCGCCAAAAAUUUGAUCGAUAAUGUUGCUAAAGACUAUGUGCGUCUGAUGAAGUAUGGAGAUUCUCUGUACCGAUGCAAGCAGCUGAAGAGAGCCGCUCUGGGUCGUAUGUGCACCAUCCUGAAACGACAGAAGUCGAGUCUGGAGUAUCUGGAACAAGUGCGCCAGCAUCUGUCCCGUUUGCCGACCAUUGACCCCAAUACGAGGACCCUGCUUCUGUGUGGUUACCCCAACGUCGGCAAGUCCAGUUUCAUCAACAAAGUGACCAGAGCAGAUGUUGAUGUCCAGCCCUACGCUUUCACCACCAAGUCUCUGUUUGUGGGUCACAUGGACUACAGGUAUCUCCGCUGGCAGGUGGUGGACACCCCCGGUAUCCUGGACCACCCCCUGGAGGAGAGGAACACCAUCGAGAUGCAGGCCAUCACGGCUCUGGCUCACCUGCGAGCGGCGGUGCUUUACGUCAUGGACGUAUCUGAGCAGUGUGGUCACACCCUGCAGGAACAGCUGGAGCUCUUCAACAACAUCCGACCGCUUUUCGCCAACAAGCCUCUCAUCAUUGUGGCCAACAAAUGUGACGUGAAGAAGAUCAAUGAACUGUCCGAGGAGAACCAGAAAAUCUUUGCAGAUCUCUCCGCUGAGGGAAUCUCUGUGAUUGAGACCAGCACCCUGACCGAGGAGGGAGUCAUGCAAGUUAAAAAUGAGGCCUGCGACCGGCUCCUCGCCUGUCGUGUCGAGACCAAGAUGAAGGGCAAGAAGGUCCACGAUGUUCUCAACCGGCUCCACCUGGCCAUGCCCACCAAGAGAGAUGAGAAGGAGAGGCCUCCGUUCAUCCCAGAAGGAGCCUCGAUGCGCAGGAGGGCAAUGGAGGUGGACGCUCCCAAACGCAAACUGGAGAGAGAUCUGGAGAUGGAGCUUGGCGAUGACUACAUUCUGGACCUACAGAAAUACUGGGAUCUGAUGAAUGAGGAUGAGAAGCACGAUAAGAUCCCUGAAGUGUGGGAGGGCCACAACAUUGCAGAUUACAUUGAUCCCGACAUCAUGAAGAAACUGGAGGACCUGGAGAAGGAGGAGGAGCUGAAGGAGCGAGCUGGGGAGUACGACUCAGAUGAGGAGAGCGAGGAUGAAGAGAUGCAGGAAAUCCGCGUUCUGGCCAAACAGAUCCGGGAGAAGAAGCAGCUGAUGGUCAUGGAGUCAAAAGAAAAGGACGUGCACGGACCCCGCAUGCCCAGGACCACCUCCAAGGUUGAAAGAAAGAAGCUAGAGAAGGAGAUGGCCGACCUCGGUCUGGACAUGAAUGACAAGGAUGAUAGUCACUACGCUCAACAGGCCCGACGGUCCCGAAGCGUCACUAAGAAACGUAAGCGUGAAGCUUCAGCCCCUCCGACCUCCAAAACCCGCAGCCAGAGUGCCUCCCGUCCACCGCGAGACCAGUCCGGGUUACGGGAUACAAAGAUGGUAAAGAAGGCAAAGAUAAUGAUGAAGAACUCCCAGAGAGGCAUGAACCGCCAAGGCAAGAAGGGAGAGGCAGACAGACACGUGUUUGACCUCAAACCCAAACACCUGCUGGCCGGCAAGAGGAAGUCGGGCACCGCCGACCACAGAUAAAACUGCUUUUUCUGGACUGUUGAGAUCUGGACACUCUUUUAGAAGGAGAGAUAGUUCUUGCCCAAUAACCCUAAUAGAUAUACACCUGAACUAAACUGCAGUCUGUCAGGCGUGUUUGGCCUUUUCUUUUUCAGCCUCAUAAAGAAAGCCUGAUAAAUACCCACUUGAAAUAAACUGAAGACUGUCAGGUUGUCUUACACCUAUGUUUGUCUUGUCCCCCAUAUGUGGCUCAGGAAAUUCUGGGUUUCCAAUAGAUAAAGUGAUGAUGAUGCUUCCUUUACAAGAGAGAUAAAUAAAUAUGCUCCUGAACUAAA